CGGGAGCCCAGGGACCGCGGCGCCGCCGAAGCCGGGGUCCGAACCCAGCUCUCCAGGCCGACUUCGCUGCGCCUGCCACGCCGAUCUCUGCGCGUGCUCCCGCGAGGCACCGUACUACCUUGGCCGCCGCCCCGGAGGUGUCGGGGCGCCGAGUCUCCAGCGGCUCGCACCCCUCCGGGGAGGGGGCUUUGCCUGCUCCGUCCCCUUCGGAAGGAGGUCCAGGUCCGGCCCGCCCGAGCCCAGCGUGGGACUUCGGGUGCGCACGGGCGCGCGGCUGCAACAGGUCUGCGACCCGCUCGGGCUCCGCGCGUCCCCUCCGCCUCCCCGCGCCGCGCGGGCAUCACAGGACCUCAGGACGUUGGUGGCAUCGGGGACCCUGCUGGUACUGGGGCUGCCACCCUGAGCCUGCCAGCACCCGGAAGACUCGAAGAUCACUGGCAGGGACAGGUCGGCGCAGGAGGGUGGCCUCGGGUGAAGCGGAAGGACAGCGUCCCGGCGGGGUGCAGCCAGGGUCGGGCUGAGCUCCAGCUCGCCGCCCGGGGAACGAAGCCUGAGACGCCGUGGAGUGGACCGGCUUGAGGCGAGGAGGGUCCCGGGCGCACCAGCCACGGGCCCCAAAGCUCGAGGCUCGAAGUCCUGCGCCCUGAGCAGCGCUGCGCAGGGACUCCAUCUCCAUCUCUGCCAAAGUUCACAUCCGAGAACCUGUGGAUGGAGUGGUGAAGAUGCUGAAAUUGAUCACAGUGCCCAAAACGUUCUCCCUUAAAGAUAAAUGGAAGAAUUUUGAUGUAUAGCAAAUCAGUCAGCUGUCUUUCCUGCCUGUACCCCUUGGAGGGGAAAAAAAUCAGAAGGAGCCUUUGCUUCUUCCCUCUGGAAGUUGCGCUAAAGGACAGCCAGAUUCCAGGGGUCUUUCUGGGACUUUUCAUCUGCUGGAGACGUGACUAGAGCAGGAGGAGGACCUGAGCCUGUGGCUGAGCUGAAGUCCUGCUUUUCUUCUGUGGAAUUCCACGCAGGUUCCAGUUUCCAAGCUCACAGCUUUCCGGUGACGUGCGGGGGCUCCCUGAGGGAUGAGCAGAGCCCAGGUACCUGCGAGCCGAGGAGAAGCCAGAGACCAGGAAGCAACACCUCCACCCCCCAUUCUGCCUCAUCAUCUUGGGCCUGGGAGGCUGGGCAGAUCCCGGGCCAGGGGCAGCUGGACUUGGGAACUCAGAGCUUCCGGGAAAGUUGGGCCAGCUCUCGAGAGGACUCAUGGGGUCACCACAAGUGCUGGCCUGGGGUUGUCUGCGUUUCCCUUUGCACUGGGUCUGCCACGCCUGUUCACCAUCCGCUUCGAGGACCAUCGUGACUGUGUCCCCAAGUCCUGCACGGACUCUGACACUGUGACAGCACGCUGCUCCAAGGACCGUGCAGCGAGCUGUUUCCACAGCUGAGAACCGGGCCCAGCUCCACCCGCCAGCAAGCUCUUGGUGCCCAGUGGAGAAGGCCACCCUCCCGUGCCGGCAGAGUUCCCGGAGGACUCGGAACCAUCCGGGAUUCUUGGACACAGCAUGCACCCGGGGCCACAUGUGCUCGGGCAGGAGGAGCCGCAGGCAGGAAAGCAUGGUCCCUGUCACGGAGGGCUCCCGGGCAGGGCCAUCGCUGCUUCCCACAGCUUGAACUGUUGGCUGUGACCCGUGGGAGCCUCGCUCAUGCUAGGGGGCGGGGACCCUCUGCACACAGCUGUUCUCACAUCUACCAGAAAGGGUGUUCUUAUCAUUCUGUUUUUGAAACGACCCGUGACCUCAUCAGAUGAGGUUACCGCCCUCCUCCCUCUGCCCACAGGAAGGGGCACGCUCUGUCAGGAUGGGAGCUGUGGUGAGGCAGAAGCAGCACAUACCCCUCAAGGCUGUGCUGGCCACAGCAUGGCUCAUCCUGGUCCUCUUCCCUGGGGUCACAUCCAAAGUGGCUACUGAAUGCCCUGACCAGAACCCUGAGCUGCAGCUCUGGAACCCUGGCCAUGAUCCGGAGCACCAUGUACACAUCAACCAGGGCAGGAUGCUGCUGCUUGCCUCCUCUGCCACAGUCCACUCCAUCAACAUCUCACAGGGGGGCAAGCUCAUCAUUAAGGACAGUCAGGAUCCCAUUGUUUUGCGCACCCGACACAUCCUGAUUGACAGUGGAGGAGAGCUGCAUGCUGGGAGUGCCCGCUGCCCUUUCCAGGGCAAUUUCAGCAUCAUUCUGUAUGGAAGAGCUGACGAAGACAUCGAGCCAGACCCUUACUAUGGGCUGAAGUACAUUGGUGUGGACAGGGGCGGCACCUUGGAACUGCAUGGGCAAAAGAAGCUCUCCUGGACAUUUCUGAACAAGACUCUCCGCCCAGGGGGCAUGGAGGAGGGAGGUUACUUUUUUGAAAGGAGCUGGGGCCACCGCGGAGUCAUUGUCCAUGUCAUCGACCCCAAAUCUGGCACAGUCGUCCACUCUGAUCGAUUUGACACCUACAGAUCCAAGAAAGAGAGCGAGCGCCUGGUCCAGUAUUUGAGUGUGGUUCCUGAUGGCAGAAUCCUUUCUGUGGCGGUGAAUGAUGAAGGCUCCCGAAACCUGGAUGACCUGGCCCGAAAAGCUAUGACCAAGCUGGGAAGCAAACACUUCCUGCACCUUGGAUUUAGACAUCCUUGGAGUUUUAUCACUGUGAAGGGAAAUCCCUCUUCUUCGGUGGAAGACCACAUUGAAUAUCACGGCCACCGAGGCUCCGCGGCUGCCCAGGUGUUCAAACUCUUCCGGACGGAGCAUGGCGAGUACUUCAAUGUCUCCUCAUCCAGCGAGUGGGUCCAAGAUGUGGAGUGGACGGAGUGGUUUGACCAUGAUAAAGUGUCUCAGACUAAAGGAGGGGAGAAAAUUUCAGACCUCCGGGUAGCUUACCCAGGAAAAAUCUGCACUCGCCCCCUUGACAUACAGGCCACUACGAUGGAUGGAGUCAAGCUGAGCACUGAGGUUGUCUACAAAAAGGGCCAGGACUACAAGUUCGCCUGCUAUGACCGGGGCCGCGCCUGCCAGAGCUACCGCGUUCGCUUCCUCUGUGGGAAGCCUGUGAGGCCCAAGCUCACAGUUACCAUCGAUACCAACGUGAAUAGCACUGUCCUGACUCUGGAGGACGACGUACGGUCCUGGAAGCCUGGAGACACCCUGGUGGUUGCCAGCACCGACUACUCCAUGUACCAGGCAGAAGAGUUCCAGGUGCUGCCCUGCAGAACCUGUGCCCCCAACCAGGUCAAGGUGGCAGGCAAGCCGCUGUACCUGCACAUCGGGGAGGAGAUAGAUGGUGUGGACAUGCGCGCCGAGGUCGGGCUCCUGAGCCGGAACAUCGUGGUGAUGGGGGAGAUGGAGGACAAAUGCUACCCCUACAGCAACCACCUCUGCAGCUUCUUUGACUUUGAUACCUUUGGGGGCCACAUAAAGUUUGCACUGGGGUUUAAGGCUGCACACCUGUCAGGCGUGGAGCUGAAGCACAUGGGGCAGCAGCUGCUGGGCCAGUACCCGAUCCACUUCCACCUGGCGGGCGACGUGGAUGAGCGGGGCGGCUAUGACCCACCCACCUACAUCAGGGACCUCUCCAUCCACCACACGUUCUCCCGCUGUGUCACCGUCCACGGCUCCAAUGGCCUGUUGAUCCAGGACGUCGUGGGCUAUAACUCUCUGGGCCACUGCUUCUUCACGGAGGAUGGCCCUGAGGAACGCAACACCUUUGACCACUGCCUCGGCCUCCUCGUCAAGUCUGGAACCCUCUUGCCCUCCGACCGUGACAGCAAAAUGUGCAAGAUGAUCACGGAAGACUCCUACCCGGGCUACGUACCCAAGCCCAGGCAGGACUGCAACGCAGUGUCCACCUUCUGGAUGGCCAACCCCAACAACAACCUGAUCAACUGCUCCGCGGCAGGGUCGGAGGAAACAGGGUUCUGGUUCAUUUUCCACCAUGUGCCGACAGGCCCCUCUGUGGGGAUGUAUUCCCCGGGGUACUCGGAGCACAUUCCACUCGGCAGAUUCCUCAACAACCGCGCUCACUCCAACUACCGGGCUGGCAUGAUCAUAGACAACGGGGUCAAAACCACUGAGGCCUCUGCCAAGGACAAGCGGCCGUUUCUCUCCAUAAUCUCAGCCAGGUACAGCCCACACCAGGACGCCGACCCGCUCAAGCCCAGGGAGCCUGCCAUCAUCAAGCACUUCACGGCCUACAAGAACCAGGACCACGGGGCCUGGCUGCGUGGGGGGGACGUGUGGCUGGACAGCUGUCGGUUUGCCGACAACGGUAUUGGCCUGACCUUGGCCAGUGGUGGGACCUUCCCCUAUGACGAAGGCUCCAAGCAAGAAAUCAAGAACAGCUUGUUUGUGGGCGAGAGCGGCAACGUGGGUACAGAAAUGAUGGACAACAGGAUCUGGGGCCCGGGGGGCCUGGACCACAGCGGAAGGACCCUCCCCAUAGGCCAGAAUUUUCCAAUCAGAGGAAUCCAGUUCUAUGAUGGCCCCAUCAACAUCCAGAAUUGCACCUUCCGGAAGUUCGUGGCCCUGGAGGGCCGGCACACCAGUGCCCUGGCCUUCCGCCUGAACAACGCAUGGCAGAGCUGCCCACACAACAACGUGACUGCUGUCACCUUCGAGGACGUCCCGAUCACUUCCAGAGUGUUUUUCGGAGAGCCUGGGCCCUGGUUCAACCAGCUGGACAUGGACGGGGACAAGACGUCCGUCUUCCAUGAUGUGGAUGGCUCUGUGUCUGAGUACCCCGGCUCCUACCUCACCAAGGAGGACAACUGGCUGGUGCGCCACCCGGACUGCAUUGACGUCCCUGACUGGAGAGGAGCCAUCUGCAGUGGGCACUACGCACAGAUGUACAUUCAGGCCUACAAGACCAGUAACUUGCGGAUGAAGAUCAUUAAGAAUGACUUCCCCACCCACCCGCUAUACCUGGAGGGCGCCCUCACCAGGAGCACCCAUUACCAGCAGUACCAGCCUGUCAUCACCCUGCACAAGGGCUACACCAUCCACUGGGACCAGGUGGCUCCAGCAGAACUCGCCAUCUGGCUCAUCAACUUCAACAAGGGUGACUGGAUCCGAGUGGGGCUCUGCUACCCACGAGGCACCACCUUCUCCAUCCUCUCAGAUGUCCACAAUCGUCUGCUUAAGCAGACAUCCAAGACAGGCACCUUUGUGAGGACCCUGCAGAUGGAGAAGUUAGAACAGAGCUAUCCUGGCAGGAGCCACUACUACUGGGACGAGGAGUCAGGGCUUCUGUUCCUGAAGCUCAAAGCCCAGAAUGAGAGGGAGAGGUUUGCCUUCUGCUCUGUGAAAGGCUGUGAGAGGAUUAAGAUUAAAGCUCUGAUCCCGAAGCACGCGGGUGUCAGUGACUGCACGGCCGCCGCCUACCCCAGGUUCACCGAGCGGGCUGUGGUGGAUGUGCCCAUGCCCCUCAAGCUCCGUGGGCCACAACUGAAGUCCAAGGACCGAUUCCUGGAGGUGAAGGUGGAGAGCUCCCGGCAGCACUUCUUCCACCUGCGGAGUGACCUCGCCUACAUCCAGGUGGAUGGGAGGAGGUAUCCCAGCUCAGAAGACGGCAUCCAGGUGGUGGUGAUUGACGGGCGCCAGGGGCACGUGGUGAGCCAGGGUACCUUCAGGAGCUCCCUCCUGCAGGGCAUCCCCUGGCAGAUCUUCAGCUACGUGGCGGCCAUCCCUGACAACUCCAUAGUUGUCAUGGCGUCGAAGGGAAGAUACGUCACCAGAGGCCCAUGGACCCGAGUGCUGGAGAAGCUGGGGGCAGAACGGGGUCUCAGGCUGAAAGAGAAACUGGCAUUCAUUGGCUACAAAGGCAGCUUCCAGCCCACCUGGGUGACUCUGCAGACUGAGGAGCACAAGGCAAAAAUCUUCCAAGUUGUGCCCAUUCCCGUGGUGAGGAAGAGGCAGCUGUGAGGACGGCUGCCGCCUUGGUGCCACUGCGGUGGACUCUGGCAAGACCCUUGGCUCCCAGCACCGUGCACAACUAACCAGGGCGGUGACUCAUGGGUCCUGCUGGCCAAGGGAAGGAUGUCAGAGACCUCUGGUGCUGCCACCCGCCCCGACGCACUCAUCUACCUGCAGUAGGGGCGGUGCUGGCCUCUCCGAUGCUUCUCUCCUAUCCGUGCCUCUUCUGCAGGGGUGUGAGGUGGCCUGGGUUGUGCUGGCUGCAAAGGUCCACUUUGGCUAGAAGCCUGGCCCUGGGAGGAAGUGGCAAGGACUGGGUUACCUGCAGUUCCCGUGGUUACCAGCAGAUGUGUCAGGGUGUAGGAAUGAGAGCCCUGGCCCUUGGGAGAUCUUUAUUCCCAUGAGCAAGGACAAGCCCUUACUGUGAAAACAGAGCUUGCAGUGUGCAGUCGGCCACCCGGGGAGUGGCCGCCUCUUGGGAGAAUCCAGGGGCAUGUUGGGGCCAACGCUCUUCCGUGCUGCGAUGCUGGAAGUCUGCACUGGAACCCAGCAGCAGCCGGAAACAAUUUUCCCAGUGGACUCACAGGACGAGAGUGCGGGGGCCCAUGGGUGGAGAGGUGAGGAAUGUGCCGGCCAAGGCGCGGGAUGCCAGGUGGAGAGGCUGGGGAGGUGAGAGGUCAGUGCCCACCAGGACUGGGGCAGGCACAGGGGUCUGGGAGGAGGCAAAGGGCUGUUUAUUAGGGAAGAAGGGCUAGUGGCCCCUUAGGUGGCUCAGUAGAGAGCGUCUUCCUGCCAUCACCUGCUGCAGUUGGGUGACUGCAGGGUUGCCCUUGCCUCUGCUAGCUGACCCACACAGGACAGAGAUGGUCAGAGGGAGGGCCACCCUGGGCCUGUGCUGCCCCAGCCUGUGGAUCCAGCCCUUGGAAGGUACAGAGCAGGACAAAGACCCAGCCCCUACCCUGGGGACAAGGGCCCGACUCACCCCCAGCCUUCGGUCAGCAGUGGGAAGACAAGGCCCUGGGGGUGGGGAGCACGUGGACAGGGCAACCCAGGCCCCUUUUCAGCAGUCACUGCCACACCAUGCUGCCUCAACAGCCAGCGCUGGACACCAGGCCCCUGAAGUAGCUUCCCAGAAGGGGUCUGGUCCCCUUCCAUGGGAAGAGAGGCAGCAGAAGAAACCAUCUUCAGCAGGUGGCUAUUUCCCGCCUGCCCUCCUCUGGGUGUUGAGGUCCCUGCACUGCCGUCACUUUGCUCAUACUGCCCAGUAGCCCUUGCCUGGAGCCCCGUGGUGGCGGUCACUCCUUUGGUGCUACUGUGUCUGCGCUCCCACGGCAAGGCCUGGCAGACUGUGUCCCCCCAGGGUCCUAGUGAGCCGCUUCAACACAGAAGUCCAAAGAGCUACUGUUCUCAUCUACUGCUCGGGGCCCUGCUGGGUCUCUUGCUGUCCCUGGACCAGGGAAUGUGGCCUGUGGCCUCCCAGGGGCUCCUGAGUGCAUGUGUCCCCUCCCUGCCCCAGCCACAAACUCUUUCCUUGAGAGAGGGCUUCCCAGCCCCUCUGUACCCGUCCCAAAGCCUACUCCCCAGGCUAAGCCGACUGCCAGAAAGGUCUUGCCCACCCAGCUGGCCUUUCAGCUGCUGGAAGGUGACAGCGGGACCCUGCCUCUUAAACACAGCUGCUUUGAAAGCCCAGAGCGUGAGAAGGACCCUUCUGGGGAGCUGAGUGGGCAGGGAGUCACAGCGACCUCAUUCCCUUCUUGUCUAGAGCCGUUGACUUCUCCAGCUCUUCCAACACAAGGGUCUCACACUGUGAACCACUUAGGACGCGAUCACUUUUGGGGUGGCCAGGAAUGCUGAAUGUCUUUGGGUCAGUUCACUUUGAAAAAUAUCUAUUGGAAACUUCUCAGAGUUGUACAUAUAUUUGAGACGACAGGAUCUGUACAGAAGAUUUUUCUCUCCUAAAGUGCUUACAAAGUGGCAAUGACCAGGCACUUUAUUGGUGGCACAAAUUUCCUUACUGCUUAGAAAACUGUUCUUGUUGUUCUUUCUGUUUGUAAGUGACAGUGAGUUAGGCCUCUAAGGAAAAUAACUAUCCUCUGAAAUGCGUGUCUUUUCCUGUUGCCGAAUUAGCUGGUCCUUUUUCGGGAGUUGGAUGUACAGUGUGUUUUGUAUAUAAACACUUCUUGUAGGUGUCACCAUGAACAAAGAUAUAUUUUCUAUUUAUUUAUUGUAGAUGCACUUCAAGGAGUCACUGUCAGAGAAAUGAAGUGUCAUCUUAAAUGUCAUGUUUGAGGAUGUCCUUUGCACUGCUUGGGAGGGGUGUGCCUGGAGCCAGGGACACUGGCUUCAGUUUGGAACAUCAAGCUGUACCUUAUUAAACUUACAAAGGACGCCA